AUGUUUAUCAUUUACUGUGCACCACCGACGUCUUCACAUGCCCAGCAGGUCCCUCAUGAAUUCAUGGAACUCCUCUCGAGAGAGCUUUUUGUUCUUGUCCUGAUCGAUGCUUUUGAGAUAGCCCGACUGGUCUAUGUCCAGCCUAUCGAAGAGUUCGUCGAAUUGGCCGGCCGACACGCUGCAAAGGAGGCAGAAGGAGGAGAAGGUCGCGGUGGUGGUUAUGGUGAGCAGACGGAAUGUGGUGCUGAAUAUUCUGAUGUCAGCGAUGGGAAUGACGAUGAUUAUGAUGUUGAUGUUGAGAGUUAUGCUGCUGAGGCUAUUACAACUUCUAAUAAUAAAUAA